AUGUCGCUCACUUUCAAGCUCCUUUCAUUGGUCGUCCGGACUGCAGCAAAACCCAUCGGAAAUUACAUUAAACGGCAGACCAAAGAGCAUGAAGGCUUCCGUAGGUUUGCCGUCGCACAGGCACAACGGGUCCACCGGAUAGACAUGCGAAUGAGAUUGGGAAUUCUACACGAUGCCGAUGCGCAACAACGCAUGGUCGAUCGAGAAGUCAGAGCCGCGGAGGAGAGAAAACGCAAAGCGGAAACACCCAUUGUACGAACCGAGGAAGAACAGCUGAAAUACGAUGCGCAAAAAGCGAAGGAGGAGCAAGACGCAAAAGAUGGCAAGCCCAAAGAGGAGAAAGUGUCGUCUUCUCGGCCGAAAAUCAAGCCAUUGUCUGAAACGAGAGCCAUCGAGCUGGGAGCUAACUUCUUUUCGGAAGCUUUCAUCUUCGGGGUGGCUGUCAGUCUAUUAAUGGUUGAAGCAUGGCGCAGUCGCAGAAAGGAGAGCGAACGACGCGACAAUGUAGCUGAUCGCCUUGAGCAAUUGGAGUUGGAGGUGGAGGGCUUGAGAAGUAGACUGGAUCCGGAUUUGGAGGACGAAAAGGCGUUGAUUGAGAGGGUGCGGCAGGAAAGGGUCCGCAAGACUUGGAGCUGGUGGAAUCCCCUGAGUUGGAGUUGGGUCCGGGGUGAAGAGGACACCGCAAUCAUGGAGGAGGAUAGGGAUAAAGGGGAAAUGCCAGAGAAGGAAAAGCCAUUGGUUGCGAUACACAAACCGGGGCAGAAGAUCGUGGUGGACAGGGCAGAGGAUGACGCGGUCGAUGCGGCGAGGCGGGAAGAAAGGAGAGCGGAGAAGAGAAAGGCAGACAUUGAAAAGGUGUUGGAGGACAAGAAGCAGGCAGCGGUACUGAAAAGGCGUGAAGCGGAGGCGCAGUCGGAAGAGAAGAGUCCGCCGAAUACCGAGAGGAAGGAGCGAUGA